UCCCCCAGCUUUUGGGAGUAGGUUGCUCAGGGCUCAUAAUCCCUCUCUGGGAAUUGCCCUCCACGGAAGGAAGCAGCCUUGCCAAAAGUUACAGAGCCUCUCCAGAUAUAGCCUUUAUCUAUCACUGGUCAAUGCAAGGAUACAAAUUUCUGGCCCCCUUCUUUCAUCUGAAACAACUUUAAAAGGUCAUCCCAGGCUCAGAUCAUUCUUUGGGAUUGUCUGAGGCCUCUGCUGAGAUUGUUUCGCAUUUCAACCUCUCCCUCUGCCUAACCCUGGUUCCAUCACUCUCUUCUAGGCAUGGUCUUGAAAGUAUCUUCUCCCCCGCAAAAAGCUCCUGCAAGUUCAUCUCCUUAGAAUCUCUUGCUCAGGGAACUCCAUCUAGGGCCCCCAAUACCCAAUUUUAUUUUUCUUUCCAUAGCAGUUAUCAACAUGUGAAAUAGCCUUAUUUAUCUAAUGCUGUAAUGCUUGCUUACUGUCUGCUCUAAUAAUGUAACUUCCCUGGACACCUCGCCCCCCACCCCAUACACUGUACACCACUGUACGAAGCGCCUAGGGCAGGGCCUGCAGAAACAAGGAGGCCCUAAACACUGCUUGCUGAAACGAAUGAAACAUUAAGAGUCACACCUAGUACCGGAUCUUGGGAUCAGCCUCUCAACAGCUUGUAACAGGUACUGAGGACUUGCCCCCGAGUCCCCGCCCCCUGGCACGCCCCCAGGCCCGGGCAGGGGGCGGAGUCCGCGGAUGCUGAGGCGCCAUGCAGCCGCGGGCCGUUCGGCUGGUGCAGCUGAGCCGGGUGCGGUACGCCGAGCUGCUGGCGCUGCAGGAGCGCUGGCUGCGGCGGCUGCAGCCCGAGCCAGGCACUGAGGCGCUGUCGGGGACUGAGGCGGGCGCGCUCCUGCUCUGCGAGCCUGCGGGGCCCGUGUACACAGCCGGGCUGCGCGGCGGCCUGACGCCCGAAGAGGCGGCGCGGCUGCGGGCCUUGGGCGCCGAGGUGCGCGCCACAGGCCGCGGCGGCCUGGCCACCUUCCACGGCCCGGGCCAACUGCUUUGCCACCCCGUGCUCGACCUGCGACGCCUCGGCCUGCGCUUGCGCACCCACGUGGCGGCGCUGGAGGCGUGCGCUGUGCGCCUGUGCGAGCUCCGGGGCCUGUCGGGCGCCCGCGCGCGGCCCCCGCCCUACACCGGAGUCCGCUGUGGAAGGCACAUCACGUCCCACGGCCUGGCUCUGAACUGUUCGACGGACCUCACGUGGUUUGAGCACAUUGUGCCCUGCGGGCUGGUUGGCACCGGCGUCACUUCCCUGAGUGAGGAGCUCCAGAGGCACGUCACUGUGGAUGAAGUAAUACCACUUUUCCUUGAGGCCUUUAAGGAGACUUACAAGUGCUCGUUGAUCUCAGAGGAUAGCCCCAACUGAAGGACGUUCAUGUUACCACAGCUGGGAGGUCCUGCCUUGGAAAGCACCGAGCCUUACUUGGAGUCGCUGACACCCAGAUUCUAGACUUGGUCCCAUCAUUCACUCACCAUGCGACUGAGCAAAGCAUGAGCUCUGAGCCAUUGUUUCCAUUUGUAUCCUGGUUUAUUUAUAUCUUUUCCACCUCAGAUAUAGUAGAUGUGAAAACAUUAUGAAAAGCAACACAUGUUAUAUGAAUAAAUAUAAUAUGAAAAAAAUAAAUAUACAUUCGCACUAC